AUGAACUUUGGAAUUCCUAUGGCCGCUGGAGCUGGCAAGUUCGAACAGACCUUCAAUGUUAUGAAUAUAUCGCUCUCGGGCAGACCCAAUCUUGAGCAGGGUGGAAAGAUAUUGCUACCAGUUAGCGUUUUGAACAAGCUUACUCGCUUGAACAUACAAUACCCAAUGAUGUUUGAGAUAUCCAAUCCAAAGAGUCAUCGAUCAUCACAUUGUGGUGUGUUGGAGUUCACUGCUGAGGAGGGUGUCUGCUAUAUGCCCAAGUGGAUGAUGAACAAUCUUCGUCUGAACGACAAUGACAACUUGAAAAUCAAGAGCGCUCUAUUGCCAUUGGGUAACUUCCUGCGUAUUCAGCCACAUACCCAGUCCUUCCUUGAGAUCUCCAAUCCAAAGGCUGUCCUGGAAAGCGCACUUCGAUCAUUCUCUGCGAUGACCAAGUCUGAGGACUUUGUCAUUGAGUACAACAAGAACAAAUACACACUUAGAGUGCUGGAUAUCAAGCCAGAUGGACAAUCACAUGCAAUUUCAAUUGUGGAGGCUGAUGUAUCGGUGGACUUUGCACCGGCAAUGGACUCGAAAGAGGUCACUGAACCAAAGCCAGCCACAACAUCAACAUCCACUGGUCUCACAUUUGGCAGCUCCACAUCAAAGGCCAUCCCAGGCUCCAAGAAGACUGAUGACGACGAAGAAGAAGAGGAGGACUCUGACGAGGAGGAGAAGAACAAGUUCAAGGCAUUCGCGGGCUCUGGCAACCGACUCGAUGGCAAAUCAUCCACGCCACCAAGGCUGGGCACAUCUCCCAAGUCUCCUCUCCCCAGUACCUCUCCAUCAGCUGCAAACCUUUCAACAACUCCAACAAAGGGCAAUUAUGUUGCAUUUGGUGGAAAGGGAUAUAGUCUGAAGGAUAAA